ACCUUUAACUGGAGGUAAGCAACAAGCGCCAUAACUGGCGCCACAGGGAGUGCCUCCAGCAACAGCACAGCGCAGCCCACGCCUCCUCUCCUUUCUUUAACCCCGCUUCUGCGUCCCACCUCUGCCGGAAGUGGAAUGACUUCUCUCCGUCACUUCCGGUGACAGCCAGGGUUCUGGCGGGAGCGAGCACGCAGCACCGCCCUCGACGGUGCCACCACUCUCCGUCUGCGUUCCCGAACGUGACGAGCGUGCGCGCCGCCGGCAUAGCGUUUGGUUUAGGGGAAAGGCUUGAGGAACGCGGCGAGUGGGUGGUGCGCGGUGAGGGCUCCGCCAGCCAGUCGCGUCGCCCUCCCGCAGGGAGAACGCGGAGUGAAGGGAGGGGCGAGCGGCGCGCGCGGAGCCCGCGUGGAGGGGCGGAGGACAGCGAGCCGCGCCCCCGCUCCGGAAGCUGCGCGCAGUGCCCUCGGGGCGCAAGGCCCAGGCCUGUCCGAGUGCCGCGGGGUGUCGCCGCCGCCACAAGACGACGUGGACGCGCAGUGGCCGGCGACGGAGGCGUGCUGUGGUCGCGCCCACUGCCCUCCCGCGAGCUCGCCCCCGACGUCAGGACGAUGGAGUGAAGCGCGGCCCGCGGUGGCACUUCCGCGUUGCGCCGCCGGAGCCCGAGGCCGCCGCCGCCGCCGCCGGGUGCGGCCGGCUUUCUGCCGAGGACAGGAUCCUCCCGCACCAGGCCCUGAGGCCUCUGCGCACACACGGCGACUAGAAACGGGGACGCGCGUCCCGACCCGGAUUAUCGUGGCGCGACUCCCGGCCGGCCCUGCUGCUCGCUACCCCUCCGCCGCGGCUGCCGUCCCCCUUCCCGGCGGGGGACAUGGCCAGGGUCUGACCCCGGAGGAGGCCGCACCCGCGCCGCACUCUGCGGCGGGCUCUAGGCGAUGCCGAGCAGCUCGGACACGGCGCUGGGGGGAGGCGGGGGCCUGAGCUGGGCCGAGAAGAAGUUGGAGGAGCGCCGCAAGCGGAGGCGAUUCCUGUCCCCUCAGCAGCCGCCGCUGCUGUUGCCGCUCCUGCAGCCGCAGCUCCUGCAACCGCCGCCGCCCCCGCCGCCUCUGCUCUUCCUGGCUGCCCCCGGCGCGGCCGCCGCCGCAGCCGCCGCCGCCGCGGCCUCCUCCUCCUGCUUCAGCCCGGGCCCUCCUUUGGAGGUCAAGCGGCUGGCGAGAGGCAAGAGGCGCCCCGGAGGGCGGCAGAAGCGGCGCCGCGGGCCCCGCGCCGGGCAGGAGGCGGAGAAGCGCCGGGUCUUCUCGCUGCCCCAGCCGCAGCAGGACGGCGGUGGCGGUGCCAGUAGCGGCGGGGGUGUGACCCCGCUGGUGGAGUAUGAGGAUGUAAGCUCCCAGUCCGAGCAGGGGCUGCUGCUGGGGGGCGCCAGCGCGGCAACGGCGGCGACGGCUGCCGGGGGAACGGGGGGCAACGGCGGGAGUCCGGCCUCCUCCUCCGGCACGCAGAGGCGCGCGGAGGGGUCGGAGCGCAGGCCGCGCCGGGACCGCCGCAGCAGCAGCGGUCGCAGUAAGGAGCGCCAUCGCGAGCACCGGCGGCGGGACGGGACGCGCAGUGGCAGCGAGGCCUCAAAGGCCCGCAGCCGCCACGGACACAGCGGCGAGGAGCGGGCCGAGGCCGCCAAGAGCGGCAGUAGCAGCAGCAGCGGCGGCCGCCGCAAAAGUGCAUCGGCUACGUCCAGCAGUAGUAGCAGCCGCAAGGAUCGGGACCUCAAGGCCCAUCGCAGCCGGACUAAGUCGUCCAAGGAGCCGCCCUCGGCCUACAAGGAGCCGCCCAAGGCCUACCGGGAGGACAAGAGCGAACCGAAGGCCUACAGGCGGCGGCAGCGGUCCCUGAGCCCGCUGGGAGGCCGGGACGAAAGCCCGGUGUCCCACAGGGCCUCGCAGAGCCUCCGGAGCCGCAAGUCCCCCAGCCCGGCGGGAGGUGGCAGCAGUCCCUAUUCCCGGCGGUUGCCGCGCUCCCCGAGCCCCUACAGCCGGCGCCGCUCGCCCAGCUACAGCCGCCACAGCUCCUACGAGCGGGGCGGCGACGUAUCCCCCAGCCCGUACAGCAGCAGCAGCUGGCGGCGCUCGCGCAGUCCCUACAGUCCAGUACUCAGACGAUCUGCCAAAUCCCGAAGCAGAAGCCCCUAUUCAUCUAGGCACUCAAGAUCUCGUAGCAGGCACAGAUUGUCUAGAUCCCGAAGUCGUCAUUCAAGCAUUUCUCCUAGCACACUAACUCUGAAGAGUAGCCUGGCAGCUGAAUUAAACAAGAAUAAAAAGGCACGAGCUGCAGAGGCAGCAAGAGCUGCAGAGGCAGCCAAAGCUGCAGAAGCUGCUAAGGCUGCUGAGGCAGCUGCCAAAGCUGCAAAAGCCUCUAGUGUUUCUACACCUACCAAGGGGAACACAGAAACUGGUGCCAGUGUCUCACAGACAAACCAUGUGAAGGAAGUCAAAAAACUUAAAACUGAGCAUGCACCUUCUCCUUCAAGUGGUGGGACUGUCAAAAGUGACAAGACAAAAACAAAGCCACCGCUUCAAGUAACAAAAGUAGACAAUAAUUUGAUUGUAGAGAAAGCUACCAAGAAAACAGUUGUUGGGAAAGAGAGUAAACCUGCUGCUACAAAGGAAGAACCAGUGUCUACUAAAGAGAAAACCAAGCCACUCACACCAAGUGUAGGAGCCAAGGAGAAGGAGCAACAUGUGGCUUUAGUGACCUCUACAUUACCACCAUUACCUUUGCCUCCCAUGUUGCCUGAAGAUAAAGAUGCUGAUAGUUUAAGAGGCAAUAUUUCUGUAAAAGCAGUUAAAAAAGAAGUAGAAAAGAAACUCCGGUGUCUGCUUGCUGAUUUACCAUUGCCCCCUGAGUUACCAGGAGGAGAUGAUCUUUCCAAGAGUCCAGAGGAGAAGAAAACAGCAACACAGUUACAUAGCAAAAGAAGGCCUAAAAUAUGUGGGCCUCGCUAUGGUGAAAUCAAAGAAAAAGAUAUUGACUGGGGGAAACGCUGCGUGGAUAAAUUUGAUAUCAUCGGAAUUAUUGGAGAAGGUACUUAUGGACAAGUUUACAAAGCCAGGGACAAAGACACUGGAGAAAUGGUAGCCUUAAAGAAAGUACGUCUGGAUAAUGAAAAGGAGGGUUUCCCAAUUACAGCAAUUAGAGAAAUUAAAAUUCUUCGGCAACUUACCCAUCAGAGUAUCAUCAAUAUGAAGGAAAUAGUGACUGAUAAAGAAGAUGCUUUGGAUUUUAAGAAAGACAAAGCCCCUCCCCCACCCUUUUUGGAUUUUUGAGACAGGGUCUCACCAUGUAGUUCUGGCCAUCUCAGAACUCAGGGGAUCCACCUGCUUCUGCCUCAAAUGCUGUGAUGAAAGCGUGUACCACCACCUAUAUAUUAUCAAUCUAAGGUCUAUUGUUAAUCAGGUAAACAAGAGUCAUUUUAUUGAUAACUACAAAGAAACUUGGUGGGGCUUUUGUAAAGAUUGUGAUAAAUCUACACAUUAGCAAGGAAGAACUGAUAUCUAGUAUGCUGAGCUUACUGUCUACAUGCAUGGGCCAUAUUUUUCUUCAUUUGGAUUUGUAGUUAUUGCAUUAGAAUCUUGUAGUUUUUCCUCAGGGGUGUGUGUGUGUGUGUGUGUGUGUGUGUGUGUGUGUGUGUGUGUGAGAGAGAGAGAGAGAGAGAGAGAGAGAGAGAGAGAGAGAGAGAGAGAGAGAUGAGGCUUCUCUGUGAGGCCUGUGCUGGAACUCCGUGGAUCAGAUUAGCAUGGAAACCCUAGAUCCACCUGCCUUUGCUUGCAGAGUGGGGGGAUUAAAAGCGUGGGCCAACCAUGCCCAGCUCAUGUUUUUAGUUUCUAAUUAUUGUUGCUUAUUGUUGGCAUAUAGGAAGAGGCCUAUAGUUUUUAGUAAUUGUUGAGGGGGGUGCUUCUCACUCAUUAUUACAUCAAAUAUUUCAUCUGUUUCUCUAUUUUCUUCUUUUAAAGCCUUGAAAGAAUGUUAGCAUUUGUUACUGUUUUACGGUCCUUGGAUGUUCUGCUUUGUUUGUAUUCCUCCUACCCCAUCAUACACAUUCAUUUCUGAACAUUUCUAUUCACACAUCUUUGUACGGAGUGUUUCCUUGGAUGUAUUUGGUAUACUUGUUAAAUCUUUUUUCCUUUUCUUAAAAAGUAGAAACACUUUGUUUUCUUUUGUUUUAUAGGUGCUUUUUUUUUUUAGAACAAAACUUUUAGCAUAUACAACCAAGAAGAGUUGAUACAGUUUGCUUCUACUUUCAUUGAUUCCAAAAUUAAUAGAAUUUCUCAUAUAUGUAAAUAUAAGAUUCAAACUAUAGGACCCUUUCUAUGUUAUAAUAGGACAAUAGUAAGCCCUCCUUUUUUCAAACACUUCAGUGACUUACAAAGUAUUCUCAUAUGUGCUGACUUGAUUUUGCACAAGAAAUGAACACAAAUGUCAUUGUCUUAGGGUUUUAUUGCUGUGAACAGACACCAUGACCAAUGUAAGUUUUAUAAAGGACAACAUUUAAUUGGGACUGGCUUACAGGUUCAGAGGUUCAGUCCAUUAUUAUCAAGGUGGGAGCAUGGCAGUAUCCAGGCAGGCAUGGGGCAGGAGGAGCUGGGAGUUCUACAUCUUCACCUGCAGGAAGCCAGGAGCAGACAGCAUCCUCAGGCAGCUAGGAGGAGGGUCUCCAAGCCCACCCCCAUAGUGACACACUUCCUCCAACAAGGCCACACCUUCUAAUAGUGUCACUUCCCUGGGCCAAACAUAUGCAAACCAUCACAGUCAUCAUUAUCCAUAUCCCAAGGCAAGCAAAGAAUAUUAAUCCAAGUGGUUUUUUUUUUUAAUUGAGUAUUUCUUAUAUACAUUUCGAGCGUUAUUCCCUUUCCCGGUUUCCGGGCAAACAUCCCCCUCCCCCCUCCCCUUCCUUAUGGGUGUUCCCCUCCCCAUCCAACCCCCAUUGCCGCCCUACCCCCAACAGUCUAGUUCACUGGGGGUUCAGUCUUAGCAGGACCCAGGGCUUCCCCUUCCACUGGUGCUCUUACUAGGCUAUUCAUUGCUACCUAUGAGGUCAGAGUCCAAGGUCAGUCCAUGUAUAGUCUUUAGGUAGUGGCUUAGUCCUUGGAAGCUCUGGUUGCUUGUCAUUGUUGUACAUAUGGGGUCUCGAGCCCCUUCAAGCUCUUCCAGUUCUUUCUCUGAUUCCUUCAACGGGGGUCCUAUUCUCAGUUCAGUGGUUUGCUGCUGGCAUUCGCCUAUGUAUUUGCUGUAUUCUGUCUGUGUCUCUCAGGAGCGAUCUACAUCCGGCUCCUGUCGGCCUGCACUUCUUUGCCUCAUCCAUCUUGUCUAAUUGGGUGGCUGUAUAUGUAUGGGCCACAUGUGGGGCAGGCUCUGAAUGGGUGUUCCUUCAGUCUCUGUUUUAAUCUUUGCCUCUCCCUUCCCUGCCAAGGGUAUUCUUGUUCCCCUUUUAAAGAAGGAGUGAAGCAUUCACAUUUUGAUCAUCCGUCUUGAGUUUCAUUUGUUCUCGGGAUCUAGGGUAAUUCAAGCAUUUGGGCUAAUAGCCACUUAUCAAUGAGUGCAUACCAUGUAUGUCUUUCUGUGAUUGGGUUAGCUCACUCAGCAUGAUAUUUUCCAGUUCCAACCACUUGCCUACGAAUUUCAUAAAGUCGUUGUUUUUGAUAGCUGAGUAAUAUUCCAUUGUGUAGAUGUACCACAUUUUCUGUAUCCAUUCCUCUGUUGAAGGGCAUCUGGGUUCUUUUCAGCUUCUGGCUAUUAUAAAUAAGGCUGCGAUGAACAUAGUGGAGCACGUGUCUUUUUUAUAUGUUGGGGCAUCUUUUGGGUAUAUGCCCAAGAGAGGUAUAGCUGGAUCCUCAGGCAGUUCAAUGUCCAAUUUUCUGAGGAACCUCCAGACUGAUUUCCAGAAUGGUUGUACCAGUCUGCAACCCCACCAACAAUGGAGGAGUGUUCCUCUUUCUCCGCAUCCUCGCCAGCAUCUGCUGUCACCUGAGUUUUUGAUCUUAGCCAUUCUCACUGGUGUGAGGUGAAAUUUCAGGGUUGUUUUGAUUUGCAUUUCCCUUAUGAAUAAAGAUGUUGAACAUUUCUUUAGGUGUUUCUCAGCCAUUCGGCAUUCCUCAGCUGUGAAUUCAUCAAAGUGGUUUUAGAUCAAUCUUGGAUACUGAAAAGACAUUAUCUCUGGUAUAAAGUUCAAAAUUGUCUUAAUUCUUAGAACUUCUGUUUCUCUACAUGUAGUGUCCAUCUGUGCUUACAUGUGCACUUGCUUGGUUCAGUAGGCGUUCUUAGCAUAUUCAUCAUAGCUUGUAAAAGUUCCUGAUCAGACAACUCUAACACAUUUAUUGUAUUUACUUCUGACUUUGAUGCUUAAUUGUAUUUCUUGAGCCUAUGUUUAAUAUGCCUCAUACAUUUUCUUUGAAGUUCUAAAUAAUACAUUUAUUAUCACUGAGGUACAUAGGUCCUUAGCAUAAGCUUUUAUGCUUACCUGCCUGUUUGUUUUGGCUAUUUCUAGUAUUUGUUAUACUUGGCUAGUAUUUGAGGCUAAAAUUUCCUUUAUCGUUUAUGGUUAGUCUUCCUAGUUCAUUGUUUUUCAGUUUUUUUGAAUUUUUUUUUAAAUAGGGCUUUAGAUCUUUCUGAUAUACUCUGGUUUGUCAGCUACGAGCUUAUUAAUGAUAUGGAAUGGGAGUAAGAGAACUACUAUUUCUUUAAUCGUUAGCAGGCUUAUGCUCCAAGGUUGUGAUGCUCAUAGGUACUUUUUAACUGCAUCUGGCUUUUCUCUCCUUUAAUUGAUAUGGAAACCGAGUGUACGGAAGUUGAGGCUUGUUGGUUGAGCUCUGGGGAAAACUCUCUCUGAAGAACUAGCCUUGCUCUUAACAGGAUGCCUUGGGUCAGUGAUUUUCAACUUUCCCUUAGUGCUGUAACCUUUUAAUAUAAUUCCUCAUGUGGUGACUUCCAACCAUACAAUUGCUACCUCACAACUAAUUUUGCUACUGUUAUGAAUCAUAAUAGUAUUUAUCUGUGUUUUCAAGUAGUCUUAGGCGACCUCUGUGAAAGGUUUGUCCAACUUCCAAAGGCGUUGUUACCACGGAUUGAGAACCAAUGUUUUGGACAUAUAGUUGACUCUUUUUCCUGAUUUUACUGGAGACACAAUAUACAUUUUUUUUCAUGAGCAUUUUAGCAUAGGGCUUCUAGUAAUAAAAAUUUGUCUUCCAGUUUCUCUAACUUGGAAAUGGUAGUCACAUUUAUUUGUCUUCUUACUAGUGUUUUGUGCUCUUGAUGGCUGGUUAGGGGUGUUUCCCCCAUUCUCUGCAUAGGAACUUAUUUUCAACGAAUGCUUCUGUUUUUCUUUCUUAGCUCUGUACAUUUGCUUUUUUGUGAGUGGAUGUUCUUAGGAUACUUUUUUCCUUGCUAUGUCUGGGUAGGAGAAGCUCACCUUACUGAAUGGAAUGUAUUUUUGUGUUCUGUCUCUUUAUCUCCUUCUCUGUCUCUGUUUGGGGGGUAGGUAGAUGUAUGUGUGUUGUAGGUAUUGGGUAUGUUAAGUGUGUGUGUAAGCUAGAGGUCACUAUCAGGUGUCUUCUUAAAUUGUUCUCUAGUGUUUGAGACAGGAUUUCUCAUUGUCAGUCUGGCUGGCCAAUGAGUCGGCCUCUCUCCAGUUUCCCAACACUGGUAUAAAAGUCAGGGUGGCUGUGCCUUGCACAAAUGUGCUGGGUAUCUGGAAUCAUGUCCUCACGCUUGCCUGUCACCUGAGCUAUCUCCCAGCAUCACAGUCUCUUCUUCUAUAAAAGUUUAGUGUGUAUUUGGAAUCUGUAUUUCGAUUUCUUGGAUCACACUUUUUAAUUAUAGAAAUAAUUUACAUUAUAAUUAAAAAUGUUAAAAAUAGGAAUGUAGAACUUUUUUUUAUAUAUCCCUUUUGUCUUUCAGAUGCUUUCGCUGUUCUUAGUUAUUUUCCUGUAUGAUAUACAUUGUAGAGAAAAAAACUUUCACUGAUUGUACUUGUUACUUUUGUUGUGAUAAAAUACGGGACAAAACAAAGUUAGGGGAAAAAAGUUUAUUUUGGCUUACAGUUCCUGAGAGAAUGUGGUCCAACAUGGUUGGGAAGGUAUGACACGGCAAUGAGGAAGCAGGGUGAUCACAUUUCAUCCAUAUACUGGAAGUAGUGAGAGGGAAUCAAAAGUGAAACCAGUCUAGAAACCUCAAAGCCUGCCUUUGUUGGUGUACUUACAAGAUUCCACUCCUUUAAGAUUCCAUAACCUUCUCAAACAGUGCUAUUAAUUUGGCAUCAAUUGUUCCAGUACGUUUGCCUCUAGAGCCAUUUUUAUCAUUUAAAGCACCACACUGAUAAUUUUAGAAGUUGGGCUUUUGCAUAAUUUACAGAUUAAUUUGGGAAGAUUGGCAUUUUUAUUCCCGUGCCCUUUUUUGUCUAUGUGGGUUUUUGGUCUUAAAAGGGAAUUUUAAAAAAAAUUUCCUUUUAAUUUAAUUAGCUAUUAUUAAUGAGUUCUAUUUUAUCUUUUAACUGGUAGCCAAUAUUAAAUGACUAUUGUAUGUUACACUAUUUUUUUACAUUUUUACUCUUUUUAAUAUUUUCCAUUGAACUUUAUGGUUUCCAUCUUAUCUCAUUUCAGUUCUUAGGCUUCUCAUUCAUUUUACUUGAUAGAAAUAGGAGGCUUUCUAUUUCAAAUUAAAAUGUUACCUAAUGAUUAUGUUACAGAAUGGAACAGAUGAAAUUAAUCAAUUUUAAUAACCUCUAACUCAGUGUGUAGUAGGUAAUUUCAAUGUAUAAUCAAUUAUUAUUAAAUUGAUUAAAGAUUUUGUUUCUAUAUUUAUGAGUGUGUGUGUGCACAAACGUGCAUGUGGAUGUUCAUGGAAGGCAGAAGAGGAUGUAUUCCUUGGAGCUGUAAUUAUAAGUUAUAAGCCACUUGAAAUGAGUGCUAGGAAUUGAACUCAGGUCUAUAAGAGCAACAAGGACCCUUAACUGUUCAGCUCUGUCUAACCUAUUAUCAUUUAUUAUUAGUACCAGUAUUAUAUAUCUUUGAGACAAAGUCUUCCUAUAUAUAAUUACCAGUUUGGCCUUGUAUUUGAGAUUUUCUUUCCAUGCUUCAUGCCUCUAUACUUAAUACCUAACUUAGUAUAUUACGGAGAUAGUUUAUAUUUGUUUUAUAUUAAGUAUUGGAAAUCUGGUGCAUGUUUUAUACUUAAAACAAUUUUGGACUAAGCCACAAGCACUCAGUAGCUACCAGUGGGUUCCUAGCCAACUCUGUGGGUUGUGCAAUUGGAAAUUAAACAUAUCUUAUAAAUAUUUAUAUUAUGUUUACCUCCCAAUACCUGUGUUAAUAUUGUAUAGUCUCUUGAAAUCUUUUUGUUGAGAUGCCAUAUCAACAUUUGGAGUUGUAGUGAAUUUAAGCAUCUUUAAUGUUGUUUUGGACACAGAUUUUUUUUUUUUUUUAAGUAUUGGAGGCUCCACUUAACCUGAUAUAGAGCUGUGGACUUGAACUUCUGAUCCUUCUCCUUUUACCUUUAAAGUGCUAGGGUUACUUGCAUUACACCAUUGUGUCCAUCUGACAUUAUUUCACUGUUCUGUCUCUAAGCAUAACAAGACAUAGAGCAAAGUAUAUUUUCAACAGUGUUUGGACAGUGAUCAGAUACAAUUUCCUCAAGGUGAAUUUUAUAGUUAUUUUGCCAAGUUAAGUGUCCAUCCCUUUUCCCUUAGGCAAAAUAAUAAAACCUAUCCACUAAUUUUAUUUUAAUUAAAAUUAUGUAAUAUUUCUAUUUUGAUGUUUAAUUCUUGUUACAAUUUAGUUCUAGUCAUUUGUAUUUUGCUGUUACUGUAGUAUUACUAAAACCUUUUUAUUUGUGAGAGUGUGUACUCAUGUGGAGGAGGCUAGAGGAGGAUGAAGGCUGUUGUGCAGUCUUCAUGUAAUUUUUCCCAAGAGAGGUUUUCUUACCCUGAAGCUUGCCAAUUAAGGUAUGCUGGCUAGCCAGUGAGUGUUGAGAAUUUGUUUGUUUUCACCCCCACACAGGUUGUAAACUCCCACAGCCAUGGCCAGGUUCUACCUAGGUGCUGAGAUGUGAGCUUUGGUUUUCAGGUUUAUGCAGCAUACACUUUUAGCCAUUGGGCUAUCUCCCAAUUCUUAAAACCUCUUUUUGAUGAAUUAUGGUUGUAUGUAUAGUCUUGCUUAUUUGUGCAUAGAAAAAGAAGGAAGACUUUUCUCUAAUCCAAUGAUUUCCUCUGUAUUCUUUUUAGUUUUUCAGGAAGAUAGUCAUUUCAUCUACCAGUAGUAACCAGUUCCUGGGUAUAACUUUUAUUUUAAAUUUUGCAUAUUAACAUCUACACAAAAUUAGUAACCAUUAAGAUUUUGUCUCAAAUAAUACCUAGCA